AUGGGCGUCUCGACCGACUUCCGCACUCGUGUCGAGCAGUACGACGAGAUGUUCACGAACGUCGCGGGCACUUUUGCCAAUGACUCGUUCAAGUCACGACUGCCCGACCUCGUGCGCGACUGCGUCGCCGACAAUCGCCAGCGGUUCUCAGCCAACCAGCGCCAGCAGUUACUGCAACUGGCAGAGGAUAUGAUCAACGACGCCGCUGUGCCACUACCGUCUCAAUACCCGGAGCAGUGUUCCAAGUCGCCCACCAGCGCCCACUGGGAGACACUGCUCAAGGGCAAAGCGUACACGUGGCAAAACGCGCCGUGGUUUCUGAUUGAGCAGUACAUGUUCUAUCUCGUGCUGUUGCUGGCCGAGUACUAUACCACAGGCAGUGACCCGUUCCACCCGUCAAAGGUGGCCGAGCUGCAAGAUGAGACGCCGUGGACGCUGUUGCAGACAGCAGUGAGUCGAAGUGAUGGUCAGGAGGUCGAGGAAGUUCAUGCGCAGCGUCGUCGAGACCACCUGAAGCGUCUGGUGAGACUGUGUCUAUGGGGCAAUAAGGCCGACGGGUGCUACAAAGAGGUGAAAGAUACAGUCACAGGUACGAACGCGUCGUUCGACUUGGACGACGAGCUGCUGCUGGUCGACCACACGGAUCGAGUGAUCGACUACCUCGAGCACCACACGCGAGAGACUGGCGAUGCAACGGCUUUGAACGUGCAGUUCAUGAACGACAAUAGCGGAGCAGAGCUCUUGCUCGACUUGGCAUUGGCCGACCACUUGCUCGCUCGUGGCUGGUGUGGUAAGGUCACGCUCAAUGUAAAGGUGGAGCCCAUGUACGUCUCGGACGCAACGCCUGCGGACGUGCACGAACACAUUGCCGAGAUGCAGCGUGAGACACGCACAUUGGAAGUUCAGGCACUGGGGAAGCGAUUGGCUACAUACGUCAAGACGGACGCGCUCGUGAUCGAGUCGGACAUUUUCUGGAACCGCUACACUUACUAUUGGGAUAUGCCAAUGGCGCUUCAGACGCGCUUUGCUCGCGAGGCGACGCUCGUGAUCAUCAAAGGAGAUCUGAACUACCGUCGAUUACUCGGAGACCGUCUGUGGCCGCCGUCAACGCCCGUGGAGGAAGCAGUUCCGUACUUUCCAACGGCUUUCGUCUCGUUCCGCACGUUGAAGUCAAACCCCGUGGUGGGCAUUCCUCCGGACAUUGUGGCAAAGCUCGACAAGGAAGACCCAAAGUGGCGGUACAAUGGAAAGCGAGGGACGAUUCAAAGCGUACUACGUCCAGCUUCUGUUGUCCAGUAG